AUGACAAAAGGAUCCUUGGUUACCCCACUUGGAGAUCGAUUAGAUAGAUUCUGUGACAGCUUCAAAUCGGUUUGCGACCAUUUAAGUCUACCGUACUCGUCAGUUUCUUUGCAUCAGUUGGAUAGCGAAGAUUUGCAAAAUCUAGCUCUUGAUCUUGUGUCGGUGCUGAGAAGCGUCCCGGAUAUACGAAAUUUGCCGUCCGUCAAUACCCGGAAGAGCCUCUUGAAGCCGGAUGAUAUAAUCUGGACUAAAAUCCACGCCGCUCUCGUUGAAUCUACUCCUCCACCGAAACCGCUCCCUAUCCUUAAUCAAACUCCGUACCUACAUACCACAAGCACUGUGCUGAAAGAGGAGCUUGGGCCAAUCUACACCGGUAUACGAGGCUUUUACGAAGCAUACUUUGGGAACAUAGAAGGCUUGGAAGAAGCUGGUGCCGCUGUUUUCAGAAGAAGCCAAGAAGGUGAUAACCCCGUAUUCACUAAAGAUGGAUGGCGGAAGUGGCCUGAGAGUGCAAAAGAAAAAGAUGUCUUGGAUUGGCUCGCUCCCUUGGUCAGGGACCUUCGCAACUUGGCGGUAGAGGAAGGAUUUGACUUGACGGCCGACCGUGAGGUCUUAACACAGCCAAAUCGACCAUUAGACGGAUCCACAGCCGAUCAAAAGCUAGAUACUGGUAUUGUGUAUAACUCAAAUUCAACUAACCAAACGAAAUACGGGUGGUCGCAAAUUUUAGUCAUUGGGGAGUUAAAACGUAAUCCGAAAGAAGAUACGACCUCAAAGACCUGGCGCGACCUGGGGCGCUAUGCUAGGGAGGUUCUCACUGCCCAGGAUACACGCCGAUUCUGCCUCGGAUUUACGCUCUGCGGGUCAGUCAUGCGACUUUGGGAGUUUGACCGGCUAGGGGCUAUCGCUUCGUCACCUUUCAACAUUAACAAAGACGGGCUGAGAUUCGUUUCAUGCAUACUGGGUUUUCUUCGAAUGGAUGAUGUACAGUUAGGACAUGACCCGACCAUUCGUUCUUCUCCAGACGGGAAAAGGUUCGUUGAGAUUGUACGCGAUGGACAACCAGAAUGCCUUAUCCUUAAAGGCAUCCUGAAACGAUCAGUGUGCGUCGCUGGCAGGGCUACAACCUGUUGGAUAGCCUGCCGACAGGGAGACAAGACGAACGCGCCGCUCGUUAUUAAGGAUUCAUGGCAGUAUCCGGAGCGAGAAGAAGAGGGCAAGCUUUUGCAUCAAGCAGCCAAGAAAGGUGCAAUAAACGUGGCUACAUAUUAUUACCACGAAACUGUCCACGUGAACGGAAAAGUUAAUAAUAUUCGUGACAAUGUUCGUAAGGGCUUGGACAUGAUGCAGUCGACGAACUACAAAACGGCACAUCCCGACCUUCCCUCGGAUGCCCGUGACGGAGUAAGAAUAGGAAGAACAGGCCGCUCAACGAGCACAGCAGGACGCAAGAGGUCGUCCAGUAAUACAGGCGCAACACUACCAUGUAGCAAACGCCCAUGCUCAACUUCACCUUCUAAGGGCGGGAGUAAUACUGAGUCACAAGAUAGGGUACAUCGUAGGGUCAUCGUCAGCGAUUACGGCACACCUAUCUAUAAAGCAAGGACACGUGUUUCACUGCUAUCUGCACUUGAGAAUUGCAUUGAAGGCUACGAAUCUUUGCAUUUAAAAGCAGGAUUUUUACAGGGCGAUAUCUCGACUAGUAACCUUGUUUUAAACGAUAACGAAGAGAAUCCAUCAUGGUCGGCGUUUCUAAUAGAUCUUGACCUCGCUAUUCAGGAGCGUCGAGAACGGCCCUCUGGAGCUAGAGGAAAGACAGGAACGAGAGCAUUCAUGGCAAUUGGUUUGCUCCUCGGUGAGAAGCACUCCUUCAUGCACGAUUUGGAAUCUUUCUUCUGGGUCAUUUUGUGGAUUUGCAUCCACUAUGAUGGACCAAGCGUGGCCAGAGUCGUGCCGAGGUUUGAAAAGUGGAACUACGUAGACAUGGAAGAACUCGCCGAGUUGAAGAAAGGUGCUGUAGCUCAUGAGGGUGAUUUUAUCAGCAUGGUGAAUGAUAAUUUCACUGAAUUUUAUAAGCCGUUGGUGCCUUGGGUGAAUCGUUUACGGAAGGUGGUUUUCCCUAGCGGGGGACGAUGGGAAAAAGAGAGUACAGAGCUAUAUUCACGGAUGAAAGACGUUCUCCAAGCAGCGUGUAAAGAUCCUAAGGUAUUAUGUGAAUAGAUUCGACUUUUGACGGAGAAUGCUCAAAGUCGAAAAGACGAAAGAUAAAGUAGUUAUAUCAACAUUAAACUGGCAUAAAAUACUGACCUCAAGUCCAACACGCUCUGGUACGUACCUUGCAUCUAUCUUAUUACUGCUCAUCUCUUCACGAGAACGUCCUGUCUAAACCACUAUGAUUUAAGCUGCUGGAAAAUUGAAACCUCUGCUAUAUGCAAUUUUUUUUGAACCCCGAUAAACUAAAUUGAGUCCC